AUGUCCAUUCUCAAGCUAUUCGGGUUCCCACUCGUCGAACACGACGGCGUUCAACCGGAAACCCCCGAAGGGGGUGGCGGCGAUAUCAACUCCGACGACGAUAGAAAGUUCCGUUGUCAAUUCUGCCGCCGAGUAUUUGCCAACUCGCAGGCCCUCGGCGGCCACCAGAAUGCCCACAAGAGAGAGCGCCAAAGGGCCAAACGCGCCCUUUAUUUCCACGCACUCCGACCGCCGCCGCUUUACACCAACAUUGGCAGUAGUGGUGGUUCUAGAAUUCUGCCUCCGAGCCGCAACGGGUACUUUACGGCGGCGUACGGCGGCGUAUCGGCGUCAUCAGGGCGGUGGAUGUUCGGAAAAAUGGAAUCUUCAGGGUGUAAAUUGGAUGGUGAAAAGGGAUUACCAAAUCAUAAUUGCGCUAUGAACUCGUCCGCCUUUGCAUCGAUCAUUUCGUCGCCUCCGUCGAUGGUGUUUUCAUCAUUGUCGAGUUCUUGAAGGUUGGGUUCAGAGGCAUGUUGUCUUGUGCAAAAAGAAGACGACAUCGACGUACAAGAAAACAAUGUCGACGAUGAAAUCGACGAGGAUGGCGAUGAUGACAAUGGUAUUGGUGACUCCUCGUAAACUUCUAUCGGUUUUGGAGCCAACGAUGUGUGGACUAUGGUCGGAGGCGAUUCGUUGUCUUGGAUGUGGAGAGGGCGAAUGGAGGCCAACAGCCGCUGCCACAAGCCUUUAUCGGAACCCAUGUCGACCGAUGCCUUUGAUUUCUUGGAUCGACGACGGAGCAUGAAGAGGGAAAGCUUGAAAAUUUGCAUGGCUCGAUUACUUUUCUUCUUGGUCUGGCCGGAGUUGGAGAUGGGUUGGGAUUUUAGGUCCAUAUAAGGUUUGGGAACGAGGGAGGAAGCGAGAAGGUGGUCGGAGGGCGCUCCGGGACCGAAGGGAAAGAAGAAGCUAACUUAGAGGAGGAGGAGGAGGAGGAGGGGUAAUGGUUAGUUUUAUAAAGAAAGGUGGCGGGCGGCCAUGGCCAUUUAUGUUUAAAUUUGGAAAGGCUUAUAUUUAGGGGAUGCAAGGUUGAUGGAGGUUAGGUCUUUGUGCCCUUAUUAUUUGGGCUAAAUUCAACCAAAACUUAGGCUUCUUUUUCCAUUAAUGUAUGUAUAGAUAAGCAAUGC